AUGCUCAGAAAGCUGCACUCCAUCUUUAACUCGGGCCCGCAGAGGAAGGCGGGGGUGGCCACGGGUCCCAGCUGCGACCCGGCCAGCCCCACCGUGAGGCUGACCCGCAGCAGCUCCAUGUACGUGGUCGGGGACCACGGGGAGAAAUUCAGCGAGUCCUUGAAGACGUCCACAAGCACCAGCAGCAUGGACAGCGGCCUGUACUGCCUACAACAGGAGGGGGACCGGGCGUGGCUGCUGUCGCGCCCCCAGGACUGCCUGCAGUACUUGCAGGAGCUGCUGGCCUUGCGGAAGAAGUACCUCAGCAGCCUGCACGACCUCAAGCUCAGCCGCGCCCCCUGCCUCUCCCCCUCCUCCACCGCCUCCGAGAGCACGGAGAGGGGUCCCGGCCCGCCCACCUCCAAAGAAAGAAAGAAAGCAGCUGCAAAGAAGUACUCCCAGUUCAGCGCCGAUGUGGCCGAGGCCAUGGCCUUCUUUGAUUCCAUCAUCGCUGAGCUGGAUACAGAGAAGCGGCCCCGGGCUGCUGAGGCAGAGCCCCUGAAUGAGGACGUGGACUUUGAUGUUGCCACCAGCUCCCGGGUGCACAGCCUGCACUCCAACUGGAUCCUGCGGGCGCCACGCCGGCACUCCGAGGACAUCGCCACGCAUGCUGUGCAUGCGACAGAUGGCCAGUUUCGAAGGACCACGGAGUGCAGGACCAUUGGCACUCAGAGGAGGCUCGAGAGGCACCCCAUUUACUUGCCUAAGGCUGUGGAAGGGGCAUUCAACACCUUGAAAUUUAAGCCCAAAGCCUGCAAAAAAGACCUGGGGAGCCCCCGACAGAUCCUCUACAACAUCUCAGGAGAAGACAUGGAAUGGGAUAUGGAACUCUUCAUGCCAGAGCCCUUGGCAUCUCUGGAGGAGGACUACCAUGAGAUGGAGAACCCCAAAGGGCAGUGGCUGCUUCGAGAGAAACUCUGGGAGUGAACAGUGCCCUGACUCCCUCUAAGCCAUUCAGCCUGACUCAGCCUGGGUCGCUGAGAAGGGGGUCACUUUCAGUGCAGCACAAGGGGUUUGGAAGGGUUAAAAAUGGAAAUUGGAACCAAGUCAAGUUCAUGAGCCCAGCAGCACUGCCCACUGCUGCCCAGUUAGUGCCAAACACACUUGUGGCCUCCCAGAGCACCUGCCUGGGGAGACUGUGGAGCCCGGCUCACCUGGCACAGCAGGUUAGCAGAUAGGUACAGCCUGGCUGGUCUACCAGCAGGAGGAAUGGAAGUCCUGGAGUGGGAGUGUCGCAGCUCACUAACCUGGCCUCCCCCUUUCAGUUCUCUGUGCAUCUGUCCAAGCGGCUGCUAAUGUGCUCAGUAUAGGAAAUCAGGCCACCCAGGGGUCUCUGGGCCAAAGUCCUCAGGAAGGCAGCUCUGGUCUCUGCGGGGCUCAGAAACACUUUGGUUACAAACAGAGGUUGCCCUCCUUUGUGCAGAUUGCAGUUCAGGAAGCAGCUCCUUCUGCGCUAACACUCUCACAGUGUUCUAGAAACUUCUGCUGGAUUACCCUGGAGAUGGGGCCAGUACCCUGGCAUUGGGAAGGAGUGUGUCAGGGCCCUGCCUUGGGACCCCACUGUCUCUCCCAGCCCCCAAACCCAGCUCCAUUUUCCACAGGCGGUGGGCUGGGGAUGGCAGGAGAUGAGCGGUGCUUUUCUUCGAAUUUUUGUUCAAAAAGUCCUCACAGACACCCCUGCAACAGGUUUAUGGCAGGCUGUGCCUCUCCCCUCCCCCAAUUAAAAGGAAAAUCAGCAUCCUUAUGUUCUUUUGGACUAGAAAGGACCUGUGAGUUUAGUAACUAUCUGAAUCCGAAUUACCUGUUAAACCUAUUCUUUGCAUUUCUCACAUACUUUUUGCAUUUCUGCCUGCUGGAGUUUGAGAACCGCUGGUUCGGAGAAUACGUUGCAUUUUGUUAGUUCUUACUAUUUCUUCUGGUGUUUUCUUAUAAAGAAGUCACCCGGUGGGUGCACACUCAUGAAUGCAAGAGUGCUCAUGGGGAUAAGGGAGGGAAACAGACGAGGACAAAUCAAUAAUCCAAAGUAAGCCCAGAAUGCUCUAGGCUAAGAUUAGUCUGAGAGCAGAAGAGAGCUUUCCUUCUGCCAGGCUCACAUAAUGAUUUUCUCAUUGUUGAGUUUUUUUAAUAAAGAACUUUUUAUCUGUGUGAACCCAGGUGUCUAAAUCUAAGUAUUUGUAACUCCUAUGAGAAGAAAAAAAAACCAAAGCACGCUAAUAAUUAUGAGGCAUUCUUAGAAAUUUUAUGUCAACACAUUUUAGAUGAAAAUAUACUAGAAAUGUUUUAAUACUUGUCUUUAUUAUUAUUUUCUUUUUGAGUGCCAAUGUCAAUGUUUGGGAGGUUUCUUUCAUUUUGUUGCUUAUCCUAAACUCUAGCCAGAAGCCUGACUGAAAAAUAAAUGUUUGGGAGAUGUGUUUUAUAAACUGCAUUAAAGCACACCAAGUUAACAUUGCCACAGACCUUUCUUUUCCCCAAAUGUGGCCUUGUUUUGAAACCCCACAAAUGAAAAGUCACCGCUGAGGAUCAUUUCAGGAUGAAGGUCUCUUGACCCUGCCUCUUAUCAAACUACAGUUUAUCAUGGAUUCGACCCUGACAUUAUGUGGUGAAGACUCUGUGUACAUUUUGCUUUUACAGAUAAGAAAAAAAUAAACAGGACAGAGAGGAUGUUUGGAGUCUUGAUUUUUUUUUUUUUUUUAGCAUAUAUUGCUUAUGGGGCAUGAAGCUGUACUUUUCUCUUUUGCUUCACAUUUUGUAUAUUUUUGCCUUUAAUGAGACUAUACACAGACUGCCUGAAAAAUUCCAUGAUUCAGAAACAGAAGGCUGGCGUGUCUGGGAUGAUUUUAGGUAUUUGAAAUUGGUG